CAUCCACACAGUCACGUUUGUUUAUUUUCAUGGCUCUUGUCUGAUCUAGAUCGUCGGUUUUCUCCUGUUCGGGCUGUUUGUGUCGAGCCUCCGCCGCAGCUCAGUUCCAGGUCGGUGGGUGACAUCGGAGCAGCAUGGCCGACGGUCCGGAGGCUGAUGUGGACGACCCGCCCAGUAUCAAUUUCCCUCCGCUCAUCACCGUGUCCGAUCUGCCCAGUGCGACCGCUGCAGGUCGGAACCUGAAGGAAUGGCUCCAGGAGCAGUUCUGCGACAAGCCUCUGGAGCAGGACGACAUGCGGCUCCACAACGCGGCCUACGUGGGAGACCUGGACACCCUGAGGAACCUGCUGCAGGAGGACGGCUUCAGACGGCGUAUCAAUGAGAAGUCGGUGUGGUGUUGUGGCUGUCUGCCCUGCACCCCUCUGCGCAUCGCAGCCACAGCAGGACACGCCGCAUGCGUGGCCUUUCUGAUCGCCCAGGGAGCCGACGUGGACCUGGUGGACGUCAAAGGCCAAACCGCUCUGUACGUAGCCGUGGUCAAUGGUCACCUGGACUGUGUGCGGAUCCUCCUGGAAGCAGGAGCUGAUCCCAACGGGAGCCGCCACCACCGCAGCACCCCGCUGUACCACGCCGCACGGGUGGGGAGGCUGGACAUCCUGCAGGAGCUCAUCAGGUUCCAUGCUGACGUCGACAUGGACCACCAGUUGGGUCCUCGGCUUCUCCUAAGCGCCCGCACCCUCAACACUCUGGUGGUGUGUCCUCUGUACAUCAGCGCCGCCUACCACCACCUCCACUGUUUCCGGCUGCUGCUCCAGGCCGGCGCGCAGCCCGACUUCAACUACACGGGGCCCGUCUGCCACGAGGCGCUGACCCGCGGCCUGGCCUCCUGCCUGCUGGAUGCGGUGCUGCGACACGGAUGUGAGGUGGCCUUCAUCCACCUGCUGCUUGACCACGGAGCCAACCCGGCACUUGUGCCCUGGGACGAGUCUGAGCUGGAGACUCCGAACCGGAGGAAGGUGGAUCCAGAGGCACUCAGGGUCUUCCUGGAAGAGAGGAGACGCCCACGCCGGCUGACUCACUUGUGUCGCAUCAGGAUCCGCAGGGCGAUGGGCAAACAUCGUCUCAACCACAUAUCUUCUUUACCGCUACCAGAACCUAUCAAGAACUUCCUGCUUCACCAAAACUGAUCACCGUCCUCCUCCUCGUCUUGUAAAGUGCUCAUCCUUAAAAAAAACAAACCCCUCAGUCAGUCCCAAAGACAGGAUAGAGCGUUUUGUGAACCCAAUUUGCUAAUCGCUUAUGAUUUUCUAAUAAUAGACAGGUAAUAGUAUUCUUUUCCAGUUGUGUAAUAGUCCUAUCUUCCUGCCACUGUAAUAGUUACUUUAAAUGCUUCUUAACUUGUCAGAGAAGCCAUAGUCAUGUCUUGACUCGUGUAUGUUUGUAAAGUUUGACCUUCCGGAUCACCGGGGGUGUGUUGUGGUCCUACUUCACGUAGCACUUCUUAGCUUAACAGUGAGAAUGUCAUCUGGUUUGAAGAGUUGAACCUGCUUGUGUGAUAAGCAGCUUGUUCAGAUCCGGCUCCUUGAAUUGCUUGAAUUUCAGGCCUCUCAGUCAGACUGCAACCAACAUUCUUAAAUCUGCACUGUGUUGAUCGUGUAGAUUAUCGUGUCCAGUGCAAAGGCUGAAAAAAAAUUUCCGAUCUAAUUCUGCUCCUUUUCAUGCGUUAGGCACUUUUAUUAGGCUGGAAGUAUGAGGGAUGGAAUGCGGGACGGCGAACUACUAACGCUGCUCUGUGUCUAGGUUGAACGCUGGGUGCUGAUUAAUUCGUUUUCAGCCAUGUGGCUUAGCUCUAAGGAAAAGUGGCUUUAAACACUGAUCAGACCACGAUGACUAAAGAUAAACCAGACUGCAGAAGCAUUAAACUCCAGAUGUUUUAAAGGAAGAAAAAAAAAAUCAUAAAUAAAUGAGCAAUUCAAGGCGCCAGAUCCUGACUGAAACAGAAGGUUUUACAUUUCGGGUCUAAUUACUAAUGUACAUGUUAGCAUAAAACACUUUUAGCAACUCGUUUAAGCAAGUUAACGAAUCUUCUUUUCUGUGACACUGACAAUCUGUGAAAUAGUGAAUGAAAUCUAUUUAUGAUAAACAA